AUGCAGAUCCAGGUGCAGUGCGGGUGCGGCGAGCCGUCGUGCCCGGAGUGGGCCGUCGUGGAGCUGCAGGGCGUGGCAGGGUACACCUUCACGGUGGGGUACCACGAGCUCGCCGGGACGAAGGUGACGCUCAAGAAUCCCCUGCUGGUGCUCAGGAAGACGAAGACGAAUGCUGGUUGUGGGGAACAGGAGCCACCGGAGGUGGAGCUGGAGGUGAUCGGCAUCAUCCGGCACAAGAUCCUCUUCAAGGACCGCCCCAAGGCCCUCAUCUCAAAGCCGCCAACCAAGGAGAAGAAGACCCUGCAGCCUGCAGCAAAGUGA